UUCCCUCUGUCUCUCUCUCUCUCUCUCAUAUUGAAGACCCCUGGAAGGAAUUUGCAGUAGCGCCGAUCCAAACAGAGAUGAAGUCGGAGGGAAGUUCAAGGGAAGGAUGGUCGUUGCGGGACUUCGAGAUCGGCAAGCCCCUCGGCAAAGGCAAGUUCGGCCGAGUCUACCUCGCCCGAGAGGUCAAGAGCAAAUACGUAGUGGCGCUGAAGGUGAUAUUUAAGGAACAGAUCGAGAAGUACAAGAUCCACCAUCAGUUGAGGAGGGAAAUGGAGAUCCAAACUAGCCUUAGGCACCCGAAUAUACUGCGCCUCUACGGUUGGUUUCAUGACAGCGAGCGCAUUUUUCUGAUACUGGAGUAUGCUUAUGGAGGCGAGCUGUACAACGAGCUGAGGAAGCAUGGUCAUCUAAACGAGAAGCAAGCUGCCACGUACAUUGCCAACCUCGCACAAGCAUUGGCCUACUGCCACGAGAACCAUGUGAUUCACAGGGAUAUUAAGCCAGAAAAUUUGUUGCUUGAUCACGAGGGUAGGCUGAAAAUUGCAGACUUCGGAUGGUCUGUACAGUCGAAGACCAAGAGACGCACUAUGUGUGGAACUUUAGAUUACUUGGCACCAGAAAUGGUGGAAAAUGAAGCUCAUGAUCACGCUGUAGAUAACUGGACUCUGGGUAUCCUUUGUUAUGAGUUCCUUUAUGGCGUCCCUCCAUUUGAGGCUGAGAGCCAAAGCGAUACAUUUAAAAGGAUAAUGAAGGUGGAUUUGAAUUUUCCUCCCGUUCCUCGCAUAUCUUCAGAAGCUAAAGAUCUUAUUUGCCAGCUUCUGGUUAAGGACUCUGCAAAGAGGCUCUCUCUUCAGAAGAUCACGGAGCACCCUUGGAUCACCAAGAAUGCAAAUCCUGAGGGUAUCUGCAAUUAGUGUAAGUUUGCUUUGGCUGCGAAGGUGUAGGAUGAUACCUGAAACGAGGUCUGUUGGAUCAGUGGAUGCCAGAAUAGGCAUUAAACCCUCUGUGUAUGCUGUACAUGGAUGUUCUUACGUCAGAGGGAUGAAGAUGCAGAGAGUAAGAGACAUUUUGUCAGAGGCA